UCCCUGCACCUCAAUCAAAUCCUCUACUCCUGAAACCAUGUGCUACUACGGCAACUACUAUGGAGGUCUGGGUUAUGGUUACGGUGGCCUGGGCUACAGUUAUGGCUGUGGCUAUGGUGGCCUAGGCUGUGGCUAUGGCGGGUAUGGAUAUGGCUGCUGCCGCCCAUCUUGCUACAGAAGAUACUGGUCCUAUGGGUUCUACUGAGAAAUAUUCAGGGAAACUCAACUGAUCAGUCCACCUGGACUUCCACAAUCUGUCUCCAUGAUUCUUCUUAUUAAUAAUUCUAUUGUCUAUUCUAAAUGUCAACAUCAUCCUCAAGAAUCUGAAAAAAAAAAAAAAAGGUUAGAUUCUCUAAGCCUCAUCUGGAGUAACCGAAAUCAUCUGGAAUGUUUCAUACUUUUUUUGAAAGCUUUUCUUUUGAUAUUGUAUUGCCUUAAAAAUUUCUUACA